AACCACCGCGCCGACGAGAGGGGAGCUUGGGUAUAGCCCCGGGUUGCUGCCGCCUGUCUCAAGGCCGCCCGGCAAUGGCUCUAUUUCUAAACACCCCCCGCACCCGCGCGCGAUGGUCUCGGCCCGCGGUUGCGCUCUCUCCCGCCAAUCGGCGCGCGCGGCGGCCGCGCUCGAAUCUGCGCGCGGGGCGCCGUGAGGGGAGCGGGGCCGGCCCGGGAGCGCCGCCGGAGCGCCGGGGCCGAUCCGCAGCCAUGAUGGGACCGGGGCCCGCCCGGGGCUGCCGCGAGGGCGUCUGCAACAUUAUCGCGACACCCAGCCACCGCCUCCUCUGGGGAAAGCCGCCGUUCCGCUCGGUGCCCCUCAGCAGCAUCCCCGCGGGGACGCUCACGCCGCUGAAGCAGCUCAUGCAGGACUACGGCAGCCUCGCCGCUGACGACAGCCGCGCGUUGGACCCACUGCUCGUGGGGCCGGAGCGCCAGGCUGGCCCCGGCCCCGCCGCCGAGCAGCGGCCGAACCCUUGGAACGGCCCCGAGGCCCGGGCCGGCCCCGCCGCCGAGCGGCCGCCGAAGCGCUGCGCUCCGGAGCCGCCCGGGCAGGAUUCGCCGGCCGAGAUCUUCCAGCGGAUGAAGGCGCGGGCGGAGCAGCAGCGCAGGGCUGUCCCCGACGUGAUCCUGAGCCCCCUGGCCGGGCAGCGCUGGCCCGGCACGGCCGGGGCGGAGGGCAGCGCCCAGCCGGGACGAGAGGCAGUUUGGCCCCAGGGUCCCAGGACUGAGCCCCCGGCAGAGCCCCCCGUGCUGGAAACCCCCCAGAAGUUCUUCCUGCGGGUGAAGCAGCAGCUGCAGCAGCAGCACAGAGCAGCUAGACCCCCUCCAAGCCACACCCAGCAGAGUGUUGCUCCUUCCACAGCCGCGGAGAAGGCUUCAGUGCAGCCCGCAGAGGAUGUGGAUGCUGACAAGGAUGAUGUGGAUACUUUCCUGGUGGAACCUAUAGAAACAGAUGAGGACAUGUCUCCAAGUAUAAUGGACACUCCUUUGCUAAUAAACUCCCCCCCUUGGGAAAAAGGAGUCGAGGGAAGGAGGGGAAACGGAGAAGUGAAAUGUACAGAGCUUCAUGGAGACAGGAGAGGCUUGGAGCCCAGUGACAAAGCAGCUGCUCCAGCAGUGGAAAAGGCACCAGAGGCUAAUCCUGAAAACCCCUCACAGCCCUCGUGUAGCAUCAUGCUCUUCUCUCCAGUCAAGUUUCCAAGGAAGCAGAAGCUGGCAGAAGACCCCAAGGUCCCUUCGGAUAAACCUCCUGCUGACCAACCUGCUGGCAAAGCACACAAAGAGGCAAACAUCUGCCUGAACAGCUGGAGGAUUAAAGUGCUGACUGGAAACACAGCAAUCUGUGUGGAAGGGAAAAGGAAGGACAUGAGGCAGAUGCUGUGGCACAGCAGCGCCGUCACCGAGCGCGUCACCCACAACCAGGUGAAAACCUCCUCGGGCACUGUGUACCUGCUGCAGGGCAAGAUAGACUCGGCUGCCAUGAGGAGUGAAGGCUUCCCCUACCGCUUCAUCAAGAGAUUCACCUUCGGCUUCGCCAGGAGGUGGAAGGACUACGUGGAGGAGUUUCUGGAGGAAAGGAGGAGGAAAGAAAAAAUUCAGGGUAGUGGUGUGGAAGAAAAUGAGGAGAAUGACUCCAUGGAGGGAGCUGAUGUGGAAACAGCAGGAGACCCAGUGAGCAAUGCAAAGAAACCUGCACUGAGGAACUCCACCUAUGAGGUAUCACCAGGGAACGAGGAGAACAUCUUUGUAACACCAAGGCACAGCUCCAGGACUGACUCAAGCAGGGUCUACACUCGCAGUGGGCGCCUCAUCAAACCCCCCCUGAACUUCUGGUGUGGCCAGAGGGAGUUCGUGGACCAGAACCUGAAUGUCACCAUAGAAAAUGGGGGAGUGGAUUAUCUGAGCCUGAUGCUUAGUAAUGAAAAGCCCCCCAAAAAGACCAGUUUCAUCUCCAAGAAAAAUAAACCAAAGAAAAACAUGAAAACAACAAAGGAAGUGCCAAAAAGACAAAGUAAAGGGAAAAGCUCGGGGAGAGGAGCCCCUUCCAGAGGAGACUCCGGAUCCGCCGGCAGGAGGAGGGGCAGGCGCUUCCUUUUGGACGAGGACGAGAACGGUCCUGGAACCAGCGGCACAGAAACAAAGUCCCAGCUCCCUGCCAGGGGGGCUUCCCUGAGCACCAAGAACAAACACAGCAGUGGAGCCCCGGGGGCAGCCAAGAGAGCAGCAGGCUCUGAGGAGCUGGGCAUGCAUGAGCAGGGCUACAGGAGCUCCCUCAGGUCAGCCAAGAGAGCAGCAGGCUCUGAGGAGCUGGGCAUGCACGAGCAGGGCUACAGGAGCUCCCUCAGGUCAGCCAAGAGAGCAGCAGGCUCUGAGGAGCUGGGCAUGCACGAGCAGGGCUACAGGAGCUCCCUCAGGUCAGCCAAGAGAGCAGCAGGCUCUGAGGAGCUGGGCAUGCAUGAGCAGGGCUACAGGAGCUCCCUCAGGUCAGCCAAGCAGCACCUCCCGGGAAAGGAGAGGGUUCUCCCCACCCAGGAACCCUCAGAAGAGGAGGAGGGGGAGCAGUCCAGUGAGGACAGCCCUCUGCUGAUCAAGAGGAAAAAGAAAUCUGUAUUAAAACUAGACUCUCAAAACUGGAGACCUUGCUCUGGCUCUAAAAGUUCCAGGGAUGAUGCAAGCAAGUCCUGUGGCCAGAGGACAGGAAAGGACUCCCAGAAGGUGCUGGUGAGGCUGAGUGGGCCCGAGUCCAGGGACGAGUGUGAGCUCCCUGCUGAGGGGACAGCCCCCCCUGAGCCCAGAGCCUCCCCUGUGCCUGCCCGGGGCAGAGCCAACCCUGCCCGGCCCUGCCUCGACUCCGACACCGAGCCCGAAACCGGCAGGGAGGAGCUGCACAGGAGGGACAGGAACGCCAGAGAAGCCCGGAUAAAAACCAGCAAAGGAGCCUCCCACAGCGCCAGGCCCUCAGCAGCGACACAGAGACAGCCCCAGCGGGCAGCGGGGCACAAACCGCUGGAACUCUUCCCGAGGGCAGCUGAUGGCUGGUCUGAGAAGGAACUGCAGAAGCUUCACAGGGCCAUCGCGGCGCUCCCCAAGCACAGGAGCGGCUUCUGGCAGGACGUGGCCAUGGCCGUGGGGUCCCGCUCGGCCCAGGAGUGCCAGGGGAAGUUCCUGGAGGAGCAGCAGGGGAAGGGCUCCAAGCAGCAGCCCAAGAAAACCAGGACGGGAAAACCUGAGCAGAAAGAUAAGAAGGAGGCAGCGAUCACUGCCAAGGUGGGCACCCUCAAACGGAAGCAGCAGAUGCGGGAGUUCCUGGAGCAGCUGCCCAAGGACAACUACGACGACGUCUUCACCGCCACGCCCUUCCAGAGCAGGAGGGUGCAGCUGCCAGCACUGCGAGGGAGCCAGGAUGAGGACACUGAGGAUUUCACCCUCUCAGACUUCCCACUCACCCCCUCCUCAGACCUCUUUCCCUCCGUGAAAACCCCGCAGUGUGAGCACAUCAGCCCGGGAAUGCUGGUCCCCAUCAACAGGAGCAUCUACGACCGGCACGUGUUCCGCAUGCAGAAGAACACGCGGGGCAGGAGAGGCACCUGGGACAAGGUCAAGAAGAAGCCGGCCAGAGCUGUGCUGGGGACUCCGGCUUCCUGCAGAACCAAGAGAGUGGCCCCGGCCGUGGUGCUGGGGAAGCUCUUUGCAGCGGAGAGUCCAGAAGUGUCCAGUGAGGAGCAGGAGGAUUCCUACUUCUCCACCUGAGGGACUGUGUGCCCGUGGUGUUCAGCACUUACUGUUGGGAGCAGGGGGUUCAGCUGCCCCUCUGGAGGGGAUGCUGGAAUGAGGAGCUCCGUUUGGAAAAGCUGCCCUGCUGUGGUUUUAUGUGUUUUAACCCGUUCCCACCCUGCUAGCAGUGCUUGGCUUUUCCGUGUGUACAGAGCAGCACUUGUCCAGCCUCCUCCUCUCCAUGUCCUGUUUCUCCUGGGAAGGAGGAGUGUACAUCGAUACCAGUGACUGCCAAGUUCCGACUCAUUUUAGGCUAAAAUAUCUUCUGCGAUAUGGCUGUACAAUAGAUUCAGGUGCAGUUGGAAGGAAUUGAAAAUGCUUUUUUGUUUACUUUCAGGAGCUUGAUUUUUUCAAUUUCCUUAAUGUAAUAAAGAAAAAUGAGCUGGUUUUACUC